AUGAAAAUUCAAUUUAUGAGCGAUCUGCACAUUGAACAUUUUCCUUCCUUUGAUGAUUUCAAUUUGAAAUUCAAGGAAAAGUUUGGUAAUUUUAUAUUGAGUGGAAAGGAAAUUGGUCACGUGCUGAUUCUUGCUGGUGAUAUUGCAAAUCCAUUUCUCGAUUGCUAUUCGGAUUUUUUGCAGUACUGCUCUGCAAAGUAUCGGGAUGUGAUUAUUGUGGCCGGCAAUCAUGAAUUCUAUGGAAAUGAUUAUUGGUCAUCUGUGGAUCGAAUGAAAAAGUUGGCCAAUUUAUUCGCAAAUGUUCAUUUUCUCUAUCAAAAUUCUGUAGAAAUUAAUGGUGAUGGAGAGCAAGUUGUGUUCCUGGGAUGUACUCUGUGGAGUCAUGUUCCAGAUCAAGCACUUCAGGUGGUACAGAAUGUAGGUGUCAAAAUUUCAAAAUUUCACAAUUUCACAACAUCCUUCUCAAAUAUAUUCAAGUCGUUGAAUGACUAUAGAUUAAUUUCAAUUAUGGAAAAUGGAAAAUCCAGAACUUUACAUGUCACUGACACUGUCAGAUUUUUCCAAGAGGAUGUGAAAUGGUUGAGUAAUGAAUUGGAAAAACACAAAAACAAGAAAGUGAUUGUCUGUACCCAUCAUGCACCAAUGAUGAGUGGAGUUGGAGCUCCUCAAUAUGAGCACACGAAAGAUUUGAAAGUUCAACAUUACAAUCAUGCAUUUGCAAGUGAUUUGAGUUCUUUAAUCAAAUCACCAAUUAUCAUGUGGAUUUAUGGACAUACUCACUAUUCGAUUGUGAAACAAACUGAAAAUGGAAUUAUUGUGGCAGGAAAUCAAUUAGGAUACCUUUCUUCUAAACAUCCACAAAUUGAGGGAAAUAAUUUUAGACAAGAUUUAAUAUUUGAAAUUUAA